CCCGCCUGCGCUACGCGCCGGGACCGGAAGCGGCGGCCGCGUGGCGGAGGCAAGAUGGCGGCCCCCGGGAGGAGGAAGCUGGCGGAGCUGAGCGUGGACGAGUUCCUGGCUGCGGGCUCGGACUCGGAGCAUGACGGCGGCUGGGAGGAGGAGGAGGAGGAGAAGGAGGAAGGCGGCCGGGCCCUUAACGGCGCUGCGAGGCGGAGGCGGCCGAGCGGGAAGGCGGCCCAGGGGCUGCAGGCACGGCCGGGCAGCAGGAAGAAGGGAAAGGCAUCUGAGCACAAGGAUCAGCUCUCCAGGCUGAAGGACAGAGACCCCGAGUUUUAUAAGUUUCUGGAGGAGAACGAUCGCAAGCUGCUGGACUUUGAUGCCUCAGACAGCUCUGAGGAGGAGGAGGCUCUGCACAGACCCCCUGACACCCUCGAGGAAGCCAGUGAUGAGGAUGAAGAUGAUGAAGACGAAGAACAAGAAAAAGCCAAAAGGAAGAAAGUUUCCUUCAUCCACGUGAGCUUGAAGAUGGUGGAGGAGUGGAAGAAAGGUGCCCAGAGGAAUCUCACCCCAAAACUCUUCCAUGAGAUCACCCAAGCCUACAAGGCAGCUGUGGCCACCACCAGAGGUGACAGUGGUGGUGACCCCAGCAAGUUCCAGGUGACUGACACUGCAGUGUUCAACACCCUGGUGUCCUUCUGUAUCCGGGACCUGUUCCACCACCUGCACAAGCUGCUGCUCCCCAAAGCCCCCAAGAACAAGCUCAAAAUGGUUCUCCCUUCCACCAGCCCCCUCUGGGGAAAGCUACGACUGGACAUCAAAGUUUAUCUUGGCUGUACCAUACAACUGCUGUCGUGCCUGACAGAGGCCUCAGUGGGAGCAGCAGUCCUGCAGCACGUCAACUGCACAGUCCCAUAUUACCUGUCCUUCCCAAAGCAGUGCCGGGCCCUGCUCAAGCAAACCAUCACUCUGUGGAGCACAGGGGAGGAGACAGUCAGGGUCCUGGCCUUCCUGGUGCUGAACAAGAUCUGCAGGUACAAGAAGGAGGUUUACCUCAGCCCCCUGGUCAAGCAAAUGUACAUUGCCUUUGUGAAGAACUCCAGGUUCACCUCUCCCAACGUGCUGCCCAUGAUCAACUUCAUGCAGCGCACGCUGACCGAGAUGCUGGCCCUGGACAGCCCCACCUCCUACCAGCACAGCUUCAUCUACAUCCGCCAGCUGGCCAUCCACCUGCGCAGCGCCAUGACCCUCAGGAAGAAGGAGAACUUCCAGUCAGUCUAUAACUGGCAGUACAUCCACUGCCUGUACUUCUGGUGUCGAGUUCUCAGCACCAUCCACCCCAGUGAGGUCAUGGAGCCCCUCAUCUACCCCUUGACACAGGUCAUUAUUGGCUGUAUCAAGCUGGUGCCAACGUCUCGGUUCUACCCCCUGCGCAUGCACUGCAUCCGUGCCCUCACCCUGCUGUCCCAGAGCACCAGGACCUUCAUCCCCGUGCUGCCCUUCAUCCUGGAGGUUUUCCAACAAGUGGAUUUCAACAAGAAGCCAGGACGGAUGAGUUCCAAGCCCAUCAACUUUGCCGUGAUCCUGAAGCUCUCCAAUGCCAACCUGCAGGAAAAGGCCUUCAGGGAUGGGCUCAUUGACCAGCUCUAUGACCUGUUGCUGGAAUAUCUCCACGGCCAAGCCCACAGCAUUGGCUUCCCAGAGCUGGUUCUCCCCACUGUCAUCCAGCUGAAAUCCUUCCUGAAGGAGUGCAAGGUGGCCAACUACUGCAGGUCCAUGCGGCAGCUGCUGGAGAAGCUGCAGGAGAACUCAGCCCACAUCUGCAGCAGGAGGCAGCGAGCGACCUUCGGCGUGGCCAGCACUGCAGCCGUGGAGCAGUGGGAGAAGCAGGUGAAGGAGGAGGGGACACCCCUGAGCAAGUAUUACACUCAGUGGAAGAAGCUGAGGGAGAAGGAGAUCCAGCUGGAAAUCAGUGGCAAGGAAAGGCUUGAAGACUUGAACUUCCCAGAAAUCAAACGCAGGAAGCAGGAUGAGAGGAAGGAGGAGGAUAAGAAGGAAUUCAAGGAUCUCUUUGAGCUGGACAGUGAUUCUGAGGAGGAGAAUGGUGGAUUCUCUGUGAAAGGGAAAGGCAGAGCCAGGCAGGCCUCGGAUGACAGCUCAGAAGCCAGCAGCAAGGAGUUUGGGGAGGAGGACGAUGAUGAAGAAGGAAAUUACGAAGUGGAGGAGGACGAGGAGGAAGAACUGGAAGAGGACAGCGAGUCAGAGGCAGAGGAAGGAGCCCGGGAUUCCCAGGAUUCCCAGGGGAGGAGGAGCUGCCCCCGGGGUUUGUCCCGCUCGGACCUGGAGCAGCUGGCACAGGGUGGGGACGACGUGGUGCAGGACCUGGAGUUUUCUGAUGAGGACUGAGCACCUCCAGCCCCUCUGCAGCACCUGGAGCUGCUGCCAGGGCCAGGAACACAGGUGGGACCAGCCCCAGGUGCCACCCAGGACCCGCUCAGUGACACAACUUGGACUUUUCAACUCAGCUUGGGACUUCUCCAGCUUUUUCUACCAGUUCUGGUUUUGGUACCAAUAAAACCCGAGGCCAAAGUCAAGGCCAGUAAAAACUGCUCA